GUCAGUGGGUGGGAGGGGGAAGAGAGGGAGAGAGAGAUGGAGGGGAGGGGAGGUUGUUGCAUCGCGAGGUUCGCCGAGGAUCCGUACGAAAAGUCGAAGGUCGACCGGAUAAUGCUAAGGUAUCGGCCGAUCGCGCCCAAACCUGUGGUCGGCGGGGUUGUUACAGGGAACUCUUCACCGGAGAACAAGGAAAGGGUGUUUAGGGUUGAGAGGGUGAAGAGGAGGUACGUGAGAGAUGAUCACAGAAGAUGCAUCCGGAGGAGAAGAGUAUUUCUGGAAGAGAAACUGGGUGGUUUUGAUGAGAGUGUGGAAGAUGAUACCACCGUGAUGAGGCUACUGCCGCUUCUGCCUGAGAUUCCUGACCGGAAAGACAUAACGGAAAGGAACACUCCAGUAGAUCUAGCUCCGAUCUGGUUGAAAUUCUCAGGGAAAGAGAGUACGGUGCUGAGGCCGCAGCCGCUGAGGCCGGUAGGUUCGUUUGUGACGGUGGGAAGGGUGACGGAGGAGGCGUAUGUAGAUGGAGAAGUUCUGGGGAGUACGGAUGAGGAAAGGAAGAAGAAUCUGGAGAGGGACACGUGUCCUGGAUUCAUAUCAGACGGUUUAAACAAGGUGGAGUGGACAAACGAGGCUUACAAAAAGAUGAUCGGUGAAGGAGAGUCACGGCCGGAGAUGGAGUGUCUGUUGACGGAAGAGAAGCUACCUUUGAGUUGUCCGGCGUUUGCAUGUCCGGUGAGGUUGCAGUAUACGCGUAGUAAGGAGAAGCACUCAAUGACUAUACCUUGUGACGUGUGGCGAAUGGAUGGUGGACGCUUUGCAUGGAGGUUGGACGUGAAGGCUGCACUCAGUUUAGGUCGUUGAAGAUGAUGAUAUUUCAAAACCUCCUUCAGAGAAAAGUUCUGUGAAUAGUAUUGCACUUCUGUGUCUCUUGGUUGUCUAGGCUUAUUAUCUUAUUUUUAUCUUUGUUCUCUUUGGAUGGGUUUUAGUGGUUUCAUUCAAUGAUGUAUUAUGUAUUGGUACUUCUGCCAUGGAAGGUCUGUGUUUCUCCUUGCCCGUGAAUCUGUGAGAAGAAGAAGAAGUUGGGUACUGCUCUAGGGUUGGCUGGGGGAUCUAGGGUGUUAGGGAGGGAUGGAGAGAUAGAGGAGGAAGGAUGGAAGUAUGCAAGGGGCCAGGUGGAGUUUUAGAGUUGGUUUUGUGUUGCUAUUUUAGCCAUUUGUAAUAUGUGUUUGCGAUCUUUAUUUAUCCAUGUUAAUUUGAUCCUA